AUGCUCGUGUAUCCCCUAAAAAAGUAUAACUUCAAUCUCCUCAAAAUUUCCACCAUGCAAUUCUCCUUGGGUCUACUCCUCGCGGUCGCUCUAGUCGAUGCCGCAGCCUUAGUCAAGCCCCAUAGCCAUCAGUCAAACGAAGAACCCGACUACCCCUCCAGAUGCUACCCUGACCCCUGCAAGGGUGUGACCUACCAAAAUUCCAGUGCUGUCUGCGGAGACCCCCGACUAGGCCCAGUAAAACUCCCAGGCUACUUCCCACUCGCCAACCAACUCGAGACAUACGCGCGAUUCGGCGACCUCUGUCCAGCAGAAUUCCUAAAGAAAUGGACCGUCAACGCCACAGACCCAAAAGCCUACUGGAUCUACCCAGACAGCGACGGCUUCGUCGCAACAACUGAACAGCUCUCCAUCUCUGGAAAUGUCACCCUCCGCGUCGGCCAAAAGGUCGACAGAUUCGGAUCCGAGUCUGGGAAGUUCCUCGCACCCCUUGGUGCGCCUUAUAUCGAACGUGCCCUGCCUCCGUCCAACCUGUUUGCCCCGGAAAAUAGCAGCUUCCCUUACAAUUACCAUGUUUAUGAGGUUAUCAAGGCAUUCGAUGUUCUGCUUGGUCCUGUUGCGUCGUGGUUUGAGCAGCCGGGCUUUGGAUCUCAGAUUUUGGCUUUCUCGAGUGUGACUUCCCUGCUGGAUGGUGGGUUCUUGGAACGUUUGGAGUUGAAGGAUUAUGAUGAGGCGGAUGAUUAUUCGGCGGACUAUUUGCCUGCUCCUGGGCAGCCUUCUUCGUGA